UCGCAGCAAGAUGUUUAAAGUCCAGAUGCUGAGAGCUUUGGUCAACGAGCGCCUGAGUUCGGCCGUGGAAGAAAUCUUCGUGGUGUUGGAGAGAACCAUAGCGGACUACGAGGACGAACUUUGUCGAACCAAAGAAGAGAACCACCGACAGCGCCAACUACUGGACGCUCUUUGCAAAGCUCACGCGGAUGCACCUUCAGCAGACACGAUGAUGUGUGACAAGACUUUUCCGAUCAACUUGUGUCCCGCAGCCGCGCCGCCGCCCCUUCACGUCGAGGAGGACGCGGGCGAGCGGCCGGACGAUCCGGAGGAGGUCGACCUGGGCGAGUUGGCGGUGACGCGCGUCAUCGUGAAGAGUGAAGACGAAGGCGAGUGUGAGGAGAAGGCGGCGUCGGACGGCGCCGUAGACGCACAACGACGUGAGCAAACGCAGGGCGGCAAUUCGAAAAGACGCGCGAGGGGUCGCGCGGCGGCCUCCGCGCUCGGCGGCGAAAGCGUCCCUCGGGGGGAACGCCUGCCGCGAGCUGAAGAAGAGAAGCAGUUCUCCUGUUCGGCGUGCGACAUGACGUUCAAGUUUCACUCCACGUUCCUCGGCCACAUGAAAAGGCACAGCGGCGACAAGUCGUACACCUGCACCGUGUGCAACGCCGCCUUCAGGUUUCAGUCCACGUUCGUCAACCACGUGCGAACGCACACGGGCGAGAAGCCCUUCGCUUGCCAAAUGUGCAACGCCACCUUCGGCGCCCACUCGUCGCUCUUGAGGCACGUGCGCUCGCACACGGGCGAGAAGCGCUUCACGUGCUCCUUCUGCGAGAAAAAGUUCCCCAGGAAGUCCAGUUUGGUGGAGCACGUGCGCAUCCACACCGGAGAGAAACCGCUUUCGUGCUCCGUGUGCGACAUGACCUUCAGAUUUCAUUCCAAGCUGGUCAAGCACAUGCGAACGCACAAGGGAGACAAAGCUUUGACCUGUCACGCGUGCGGCCAAAACUUCAUUUCCAAGCUUCGGCUGGAUAAACACGCGUGUGCUCGCGGGGAGAGCAGUGGCGCUCGAACCGACUUCACGCCGCAAAUUUGACCAUGAAAACGCAUUUGCGAUUGUGCCGUGCGGGUUUUCUUUGACUUUGUCCGAUUGUCUUUCCACCAGAUGAGAGAAAUAAAGUUUGAAUUGAGUGCAGCGUAA